AGGGGUGUGUUGUGCAGUGCUAGCCCCAGUUUUUUAGCUUUGGAGGGUAGUAAUGUUUUAUUUUUUGGGGUUUGAGUGGUGGACUUUACAAGGGGAAAUCCUUACCUUCUCAUCCACAUCUUUCUCUCUCCUCUUUCCUCUUUCUCUCUCUCUCUCUCUCUCUUCCUCUAUCUCUGUCUGUGGUUGCUGUUUUGUUUAUCUUUAUAAGCAUCAUCCAAGAGAUCACUAUGAUAUGCUCCAUUAAUUAAGCUACAGUACUACUAAUACUCAGCAAAGAAUCAAUCAAAGACGAUGAUGAAAGGUUUGGGUUUAGAUGAAAGCAUGUCCAAUUUAACCUCAACUAUAUCUGGUGAAACAAGCAUAUCAUCAAAUGCUCGGAAUGAUCAAUCUUCCUCUACCACCACCACCAACACCAACGGCAACACCAACACCAACAUCAUGCUAUACCCACAAGCAUCAUCCACUUCCUUUGCUUCUCCACAUCAACUUCAACCUCCUCAGCCACCGCCCGCCAAGAAGAAAAGAGGCCUCCCAGGGAACCCAGACCCGGAUUCAGAGGUGAUAGCUCUAUCACCCAAGAGUUUACUAGCAACCAACAGAUUUAUAUGUGAGAUCUGCAACAAAGGGUUUCAAAGAGAUCAAAAUCUUCAACUUCAUCGAAGAGGUCAUAACCUACCUUGGAAGCUAAAGCAAAGGCCUAAGGAUCAGAUUAUUAAGAGAAAGGUGUAUGUGUGUCCCGAACCUAGUUGUGUGCAUCAUGACCCUUCUAGAGCACUUGGAGACUUAACUGGGAUUAAGAAGCAUUUCUGUAGGAAGCAUGGAGAAAAGAAGUGGAAAUGCGAGAAAUGCUCAAAGAAAUAUGCAGUUCAAUCAGAUUGGAAGGCUCACUCCAAGAUUUGUGGUACUAGAGAGUAUCGUUGUGAUUGUGGAACUCUUUUCUCUAGGAGGGACAGUUUCAUAACUCACAGAGCUUUCUGUGAUGCUUUAGCAGAAGAGAGUGCAAGAGCCAUUAAUCCACUUAGUACACUUCCAUCAGUAUCUCACCAAAGUGGUGCAGGAGGAAUUGCAGGUUUAACCACUUCUUCAGCAUUAUCCCACCUUAAUCUUCCACCCCAUUUAACCUCUCAUCAUCAACUUCUUCAAUCCCUCCCUCUUAAGAGAGAACCAGACCAUCAUCACCAACACCAACACCCAAGUUUUAGUGUCAGGUCUGAUAUCCCACCAUGGCUAGCAUGUCCUCCACCAGCACAACAGCAGACUAUGGUGGAUGGCGGAACUAGCCAGCUUGAUCACCAGCAACAGUCUCACCAUAUGUAUACAUUCCAGCACCAGCACCACCACCAGCAGCCGCAAUACGAACAGCAAAGUUCGAAUAAUAAUGCUCUAGGGCCUACAUUGUCUUCUUUUCAAUCCCCGGCUCAUCCCCAGAUGUCCGCCACCGCGCUUUUACAGAAGGCAGCGGAGAUGGGGGUGACUGUUAGUAAUCAGCAGAAUCAGAGUCAGAAUCAGAAUCAGAACCAGCAAGUACAGCACCAGAACCAAGUAGUACUAACAAAUAGUACUAGUUGUGGACUAAGUGUGAACCAAGGGUUUAUGGAACAAGUAGUGUCAGCAGCAGAUGGAGAGGGAGCUUCUGGAGGGCAGUCUUCAUUAGCUGCAUUGCAUGAUGUUAUGUUGAUGAACUCAUUUCAAUCCACAACAAGUGGUGGUUUCGACUCGUCGAGUUUUGGAGACUUUCAUCAAGCAAUGCAAGCUCCAAAGUCACAGCAAAAUGGUAGUGGUGGUGGUGGUAGUGCUGGUGGAGGUGGUGGCCGCGGCGGCAGUGGUAGUGGCAAUGAAGGGUUAACAAGAGAUUUCUUGGGGUUGAGAACAUUUACUCAUAAAGAUUUUCUUAAUAUGGCAGGUUUUGGUCAUAUGAGCUCUUCUUCAGCUUCUUUUGAACAACAACAACAUGACCACCAACAGAAUCAAACACCUUGGUAAGGUCAGAUUAUGGGAUAAGUUACUUUCUCUUUUUUGUAUUUUUUGAAUUGUAAUGUUUAUAGGAAUUAGUGAACAAUAAUAUUUCUUUUUCUCAUGUAACAAACUUUGUUAUUCAUCACCAUGUUUGAGACAAAAGAAACUUUUUGUGUGUUUUUCUUC